GCGGAUAUGCUCACAGAAUCCUACAAGUUUUCUCUAGAAGAGGAUGAGCGCAUGAAGUGUGUACGGGAGUAUCUGGAAGCCUUGAAGCAAUUCUUCGACGAAAGCUCUUCAUACCUGUCCACUCAAAUUAAGACGCUGGCCGAUGUUCUUGCCGGCUUAAUUCUUUACUUCCAACUUCAAAGACAAUUCUUCCUAUCCUUCCAUCCGCCUUCCUCGCCACCAAAACAAUCAGAGCAGACGGCACCCAGGCUCAAGUAG